ACAUACAAACACACCCCAUGCAUAUAGAAUAUACUAUACGCGCUCGCAAACAUAUAUAUAUAUAUAUAUAUAUUUACACACAAUAAUAUGUAUGUAUGUAUGUAUGUAUGUAUGUAUGUAUAUAUAGCAUCCCCACAGACAAUUGUUGACCUUAUAUUUCUGGAAAACCAGGAGACUAUGAAGCCAUAGCUCAGGCAAGACUCAAGGCAGAGAAAGAGGGAAACCAUUCAAUAAUAUAUUGGCCGGAGAUACCGAAUUUGAUCUUCUCAUAUUGAUCAAUCAAUCUCCGCAAUAGAGAGCAAGGAUUUUAAAGAUGGCGGAAGAGAUGGGGACCGGGAUUUAUUGCGGCGGCGACUUGUGGGAUCGAUCGAGGAGCAUGCCACUCGUGAGCCCUUCAUCAGCCCCGUUUUGUAUGACCGGCGUGUUUGAUGAUAUCUACACGGGAAAUUUCGACCGGUCAAUUAGUUAUUGCUCCGGGAAUAUUAAGUCAAGGUCUUCCAGGGAGACUAGUUCAGACUCUCCAACUAGGGUUUUCGGAAGUGACUUGAAAAUUGGUCCUGCUGAUUUUCCGAUCACGGGCCCUUCACUGGCGUUAAUCUGGAACCAUGGCUCAAAUGGAACGGCUGAUGAGAACGAUAAUGUUGAUACCAUCCUACAAGAAGACAUGGAUUCUUCUCAAAUUCAAGAUUGGAGUCCAAAAAGCUUUCCGAGCAACGGAAUAUUAGAUGAUGAUUCCUCCGGGAAUGCUUUCAAGCACAUAAACCAAGAGCUCUCCAAUAAUUUGGACCAAUCGGGGCCUGCCAAGUGUACUUCACCCCCUUGCCAGCAGGGCUUCUCCACCAAUACUUUCGCUUUUGGGUACUCUCCAUCUUCAAUCAUACAAAGCUUUAUGGAACCUCAAGAGAUCACAGGCAACCACUCAUCAAUGAUGAAUUACCAAUCUUCCCUCUUCAAAACCUUAUUUGAGAAUAAGAGUCAAGCUAUGGGCACUGGCUUAUUCCCGUUUUCAUCGAAUGCUUCGCCCGGCCAGCUGGUUACCUUUCCGGCUGCUUCUUCGCCUUCACAACUCGCUAUGCCCUUGGUCAGUGAAAAAGUUGCUUGCCAUAAUGAUCUGGUCAUGAAGCUUAGCAACGAAGAUGCUCGAGACACGGCGUCAGUGGUGAAAGAAGGCGAAUAUGAACCUGUUUAUAAGAGGCCGAGAAUAGAUGCACCAUUGCCAACUUUUAAGGUCCGAAAAGAGAAGCUCGGUGAUAGAGUUACUGCCCUCCAGCAGCUAGUGUCCCCUUUUGGAAAGACUGAUACUGCAUCCGUCCUUCAUGAAGCUGUGGGGUACAUCAAAUUUCUACACGAUCAACUCACAGGUUUGAUCACUCAGCACCUAAAAAAUGGAGCUUCCAUUCACAACCAACAUCAGGCGUCUGAGGAAUUCAAAGAUGGGGAAGAGCCUAAGCAAGACCUAAGAAGCCAAGGGUUAUGUCUGGUGCCGAUUUCAACCAUGUCUGCAGUCGCUAAUGAGACCAGAGCUGACCAUAUUUGGAUGUCAAAACUACUCGGAGGCCCUUUGUUGUAGAUAAUAUAAUUAAGGAAAUCGAACUAACAGAUACAACCUUUACACAAUGUGCUUGUGCAGACGAAUUUUGUAUCUCAUCAAAGCCAAUUCUCUACAGAUUUUGAGAGAGUUUUCUUUGUCAUGGUUAUCGGUAAAGAUCUGCAGUUCUUUUGCUUAGUUGGGCCGAGCUGUAAGAUGGAUCUUAUGAACAAUGUCACGUAGCUAGGUACGUUGUUCCCCCUUUUUUUUUUCCCCUUCUUUUUGGCUGGCGGUUGUGAUGAAUAAUUAGGUAUAUAUAUUAAUCUCUGUAAAGAGCAAGCGGAAGGAAGAAUUAUAUCUGUAUAAUUGUUCACCAGUCCCAAUGAAA